CGAGUCCGUGUCUCAGCUAGACUUUCAGGAUGACUGGUCGCGGAAAGGGAGGCAAGGGAUUGGGAAAGGGAGGAGCGAAGCGUCACAGGAAGGUUCUUCGCGAUAACAUCCAGGGUAUCACCAAGCCGGCCAUCCGUCGUCUCGCUCGUCGUGGCGGUGUGAAACGUAUCUCCGGCUUGAUCUACGAGGAGACUCGCGGUGUGCUGAAGGUGUUCCUCGAAAACGUCAUCCGUGAUGCCGUCACCUACACCGAGCACGCAAAACGGAAGACCGUCACCGCCAUGGACGUCGUGUACGCCUUGAAACGCCAAGGCAGAACCCUGUACGGGUUCGGCGGAUAAGCGAAGAGCGCAGCACGUUCCUCCAACAAAACAAUCGGCCCUUUUCAGGGCCACAAAUCGCUUGAACGUUUGGGCAAAUUUCUCAGUCGCUGAAUAGUAUCUCCUGUGCUCUCUCGUAGUGUUUAAUACGUGACCCUAACGUCUGACAUGAAGUUCGUGCAACGAAUAAGUAAAAGUAAAGCGUCGUCGAAAUACGCAUGUUGUUAACCUAUUUUAAGCUGCCUAUCGACAAAUGAAUUAAUACUGAUAAAUGCGUACGCCAAUGGCCUAUUUGAUUAUUCGUUGAACGUUGAUAUGUGCAACGUGACCACUGGGGAACACAUUGGACUGCUUCUUUUUUUUUCAAGAAUAUGUAUGUAUAUGUAUCAUAUAUUCCUUAAGAAUAUUCUAAUACUACCGAUUGCAUUAUUUUCUCUAUCUUCAUGAAAUUCUUAUUAAAAAUGAGACAUCGGUAAAUUAUUGGUUUGGUA